AUGAAUGGCAACCUCGACGACAAUGGUCACAACGUUGACAAUGGGCACGAGCAACACGAUGAAGACACCGAUGGAUAUGAUGAUGAUGAUGAUGACGAUGACGACGAAGACAAUACAUCGACGGACGACGAUUCCUCUUCAGCAUCCAUGGACGACGAUGACGACAGACAUGUACGCGAUGUAAUUCACCCAUUGGCCCUUCCUGAUCAUCCCGAUAUCAUCCCCAUCACGUACACGGGCACGACAUUUGUUGAACACCUCAUGGACCAGUACAUUUCCUUUACGCCGGGAUCCUAUAUAUUCAUUGAUAGGGGAUGGAUGCUACGCCAUGUGAUCAAUGAAGUUAGAUCCUGGAUAUUUGAAGAGCUGGAGCAAAUGAACAUCCAUAGCGAAGAACAGCCAUGUAAAAUCCAAUUCUACAUGGCGGUAGGCGGUGGCGUAUACCAGCCCAUACUCUUUCCGGAUCCACAUAGCUGGCAUAUGAAUCGUCGUGAUGAUCAUACUAACAUAUGGACGGUUCACGUAGCUCACAGGGUACAGCUGAUUGGAUACAACUGGGUGGGAGGGUUGGUACCCCAGCAGCACCAGCAUCUACAGGACGCUCAGGUAGCUGAUGUUAAUGAAAUUGCAUAUGUGCAAGGGAGAGGGGAGGGAGAUGCCUUACAUGAUUACAUUUUCAACGCCGCUUGGGGAACGGGAACGAACACGGAAGAGGAAUCCGACAUGGAGGAGGACUAG